AAUCGUGAAUUUAAAAGAAUUGGUUCCAGAAUUAUGGCAAAAGUUUACUUUAAUAAAUUUAUUACUCUAAAGGAAAUUGUUAAAGAGAUUAUUGAAGUAAACUUUUGUAAAAAUAUUACUCAUUUUUACGGCACUAUAAGAGUAAUGGAAUACGCUGAUAGCGGUACUCUUAGUGUUCAACUUACAUGGAAAGAUAAAAUCAAUAUGGCAUUUCAAUUAGCUCAUGUUGUAUUAUCUUUACAUGAUGAAGGAAUUGUGCACCGUGACUUGCACUCCAAUAUUUUGAUGCUAAGUCAUCAAAAAAAUAUUAAAUUAGCAAAUCUUGGUUCGUCCAGGAUGAUUGUGGAAUGUCCACAUGGAUAUUUUCCCAUAGUGUGGGUGUAUUAUUAUGGGAAAUAUCUAGUGGACAUUCCUCGUUUCAUACAGAACCAAGAAACAUUUGUACUCAAAUUGUAGAGAGACACCUGUUCCUAAUACACCUGAAGAUUAUGUAAAAAUUUAUACCGAAUCCACAAAUUCUUGUUAUACUGCAAAGGACAAUGU